CCUUCGCAAGACGCCGCACGCGGCUGCCGGCAUGCUGCCGGUACCGCAACGUUUGAGUUGCGUUUGUGUUGUCGUUCAUCACCACCAUUCUUCAUAACGGUAGCUGUUGUGGGCAAGACGAAGUUGGCUGGCGCGUAAGCGCAAGACACGGCUGCAAGAUGCCUCGUGUCGUGGAGUGGUGCAGACGGUGUCGAUUACAAGGUCUGGACAGUCCCGUGCAGCUCUAUCCGAUGGGAGGAAACGAAGCCAUCAAGAUGUGCAGCAAUGUAAAUUGCUCAGAUGAGGUGAAUGGCAGCAUCCUAUCUGAGAUCGUCAAGAUAGACGGCAUGUCUAUACUCGAGUUCGAGGCUGGCCCGAUCUCCGUCACGGACAACUUAUGUGACAGCGACGAAGAGUUCGACUACUGUUGCAGAAAGGCCAGUAGUCGCAAUGCAUUGGUGACUGCAAAACCCUUAGGACAGCCCAGUGUUAACAUUGGUGACAGCAAAUCCACUGCUGCAGUGUGUUCCGACCCCCCACUGUUCGCUAACUCGUCUGAACACGUGCACAGGGAGCGUCAAACUUCUAUGUCCACCUGUGGUGAUGCAGGACCGGCAUUGAUCACACCCGUCGUAGCGCCCACCGUCAGCAUGUGUGCAAACCCUGAUGUUUGUAUGGAUGCAGAGAAGCCUACUGGCAAUGUUUUAUGUGACAGUGCAUCAUUGUGUGUUGAUUUCAGCUUUUGUGAGGAUGAUGGGGAGCCCUGGAGCAACAUAUUUGACUGUGAAUUGCCAUGUGCCGACAAUAUGUGGGUGGAUGCAGAGAAGCCAACUGACACCAGUGACACUAUGUUGCCGUUGGCCGACUCUACUGUGUCUCUAGAUACAGGGGAGUCCACCAGCAACAUCCGCUACAAUACACCAUUACGUGCAGACUCUAAUGUGUGUGUUGAUAUGGAGGAGCAUGUAUAUAUGACGCCUAAAAAUUCCGUUGUCGCUUGUGAUGAUGCAAAUCGUCUGACUGCUGAAAAGGAGAAAGUGGGCGGUGAUGUGGAGGAGCAUGUAUAUAUGAGACCUGAAAAUUCCGUUGCCACUUGUGGCAAUGGAAAUCAUCUGACUGCUGAAAAGGAGGAAGUGGGCGGUGAUGUGGAGGAGCAUGUAUAUAUGAGACCUGAAAAUUCCGUUGCCACUUGUGGCAAUGCAAAUCGUCUGACUGCUGAAAAGGAGGAAGUGGGCGGUGAUGUGGAGGAGCAUGUAUAUAUGAGACCUGAAAAUUCCGUUGCCACUUGUGGCAAUGGAAAUCAUCUGACUGCUGAAAAGGAGGAAGUGGGCGGUGAUCUGGAGGAGCAUGUAUAUACGAGACCUGAAAAUUCCGUUGCCACUUGUGGCAAUGCAAAUCGUCUGACUGCUGAAAAGGAGGAAGUGGGCGGUGAUGUGGAGGAGCAUGUAUAUACGAGACCUGAAAAUUCCGUUGUCACUUGUGAUGAUGCAAAUCGUCUGACUGCUAAAAAGGAGGAAGUGGGCGGUGAUGUGGAGGAGCAUGUAUCUAUGAGACCUGAAAAUUGCGUUGUUACUUGUGGCAAUGCAAAUCGCCUGACUGCUGAAAAGGAGGAAGUGGGCGGUGAUCUGGAGGAGCAUGUAUAUAUGAGACCUGAAAAUUCCGUUGCCACUUGUGGCAAUGGAAAUCAUCUGACUGCUGAAAAGGAGGAAGUGGGCGGUGAUGUGGAGGAGCAUGUAUAUAUGAGACCUGAAAAUUCCGUUGUCACUUGUGAUGAUGCAAAUCGUCUGACUGCUAAAAAGGAGGAAGUGGGCGGUGAUGUGGAGGAGCAUGUAUCUAUGAGACCUGAAAAUUGCGUUGUUACUUGUGGCAAUGCAAAUCGCCUGACUGCUGAAAAGGAGGAAGUGUGUGGUGUUCCUGACAAUGUGCAGACAUCGUUUAGUGCCAACACCUCACGGCACGCGAGUUCGCAUGAGCAUGGGUCUCGGCCACAUGAUGCCCUCCACAUUCCUAUCACUGCUGUGAAAACCAUUCUGACAGUGACCGCAUCACCUGAUUCAGAUCUUGAUAAUUCACCCAUGACGCCCUCGAGUGCCGACCUUUCAUCGGAAGCAAAGACACGGAAGCGGAUUGACACAAGUGAUGGUCACGCCUUCUACACAUCUUUGAUGCCCAAGGCGGUGGCAGUGAAGGUUGUCGCUUCAUCAGAACGACCUCUCUGUCUCUCUAAGGCUGAAUUACCCACUGCUAAUUUAUGCCUAAAGGAAAACAAAAAAGAACACAUUGAAAAAAUGAGUCUCCUGUUUAACUUGCACCGGAUGAAAGAAUCCCUCAACUUGAAAUUGUUGCUUCAUCGGAGGUAGAGCCCGGUCUCUGUAAUAGUGUUUCCACUCCCACUCUCUUGCCUUCAAAUGGUACACACUCGUGGCUAGAGGAGUUGCCAGAGGAACUAGAAGAUGAAGUAAAUUAUGCAGUACAUGAAAAGGAAAAUGUUGUAGCUGUUUCAACCGCAUGUAUGACCAAUGCUGCCUUCUCUUCUACGGCUGCAUUGGGUGCAGUGGAUGUGGAGAACGCAUUUUCUCAUGACGGCUGUUAUAAAUCGCCACACGGUGCAAGUUUGUCUACAUUGUCACAAGAACAGGAGGCUAUAUGUGCAACUGUUUGUGAUAUUACUGACUCAUUCGAACGUUGUGAUGAUAGAAGCAGCAUGCCGAGUAUAGAAGGCUUACUAGAGAACGACCAGAGAGCUGGUGAAACACCAAAGCUGCCCGAGCCUCUGCAAGAAAUUGGGACUGAUGCUGAGCCCACAACUAGUCAUGAACCUGAUGUUGUAGAGAUUGUCAUUAAUUCACCGAGUCGGCUUGAUACAAGUGAAGUUGUACAAGAAUGCCACUAUCAAGAGGAGCAAAGCUGCACCAUGGUUGCAGAGACUCUCGUUGAAAAGGAGUCAAGCGCCAGAGUGCUCAGCCAACCUACAAGUGAAGUAAGCGUUGUGGAAAAUCAUGAAAUUGCUAGCGAAGUUGAAAUUCUUUCGACAGAGUCACCCAAGCUUUUAGAGAGACAAACCUGCAGUGAAGCAAGCUCAUCAGAAACCUUUGAAGGUGGGACUGCAUCACUGGAGGUGCCUAUGUAUUCAAAGGAACCUUGGAAAAGCACUGAGAAUGUUCAUUGCUACCAUGACCUAUAUGCUUCAACAUGUGCUCCUUGUGGACUGCCUAGUUUGGAAGGCAAAAGUGAGGGAGGUUUGCCACAUUGUUCAGGGGCCACGAAUGCGGCACCCUCUACAGAGCUGGCAAGACCUGUAUUAAAUGGAAGCGACAUCAUUCAGGGAAGCUCGCUAAGUAAAGCAACAAGUGAAACGAUAUCACCACCACAAGCCUUGUGCAAUGAGCAAGCAGCUAUCGAGGGUGUGCUCAUUCAUGAUGGAAGCUUCUUGUCGAGAGCUGCCAGUUAUUGCUCCAGUCCACCAGGUAGAAGGGAGGUGUACUCGCCAGAAAGCUCGGUAGCUGCAAGUGAAACACAGUCUGUGGGGUUGGUGGAGCCUUCACAGACUGGACACGGUGACAAUUCAAGGACUGUUACAAAUCACCCUGCAUCUUCUGCCACUGCCGAACGCUAUCGUUGAACCCACAGUUGUGUCCAGCCGAAUCAGUGCACCAGGUCUUGUAGAGGGUUCCUUAGAGGAACUCUUACGGGAUCCUCUGGCACCAUCAUUAUACAUUGCUGAGAGCAUGUCAACUAUUGGUCCUCGCAAUUUUGUGCCACAGGGCCUUGGUGCUGAAGAUUCAUGUACAAAUGCCUCAUUGACAGAAAAGAUUUCAUUGCAGUCUAGUGACCUUAACAUGAAGUACUUCACUGAGUUGAAGGGUAAAGGUGGAUGUCUUUCACCGACUGCUACUGCUCCGAAUCAGCGACCUACUUGCAGUUUAAAGAGAACAAGGAGCCCCUCGCCAAGUGCAACAUUAAGCACUACUGCUUCGACCAUCUAGUCAUGCAGGAGGUGAUUCAGGCACUUUGCAACAGUGCAUGUCAACUGGAUUACUACUGCGAUCAACAAGCACUUUAUGCAACAAACCUUCUAGUUCUGAUGUACAGGAGGGUAAAGUGAAGCGAGCUAGACAGGGUUGCGAAGCAAUGAAAGUUACCAUAGGCACGACUGCAACGGGGAAAGCUGUUAUCCUUCGUGUUUCAGGUCUACAGAAAAGCGUGCAGAAUGUAUUACUCAAGUUACCAUCUGAUGCCGUCACAGGUGGCAACACACAGACUGCAGCUGUUCAACCAAUGAACAAACAGGCACGUGCUCGAAAUGCAAGAACAAAACAGCAGGAGCAAGUAGCGAGUACAGUUGCGAGCAAAGUGCGUAAGAGUAAGACAACAGAAAAGCAAAAUAAAUCACCUCUGCCUCCGAAACAAAACGUCACUCGUACUGGUUUUGCAGCCGUGGACAAGUUGGCCGCCAUCAAAGAAGCCUUGGCUGCACCGAUGGCCAAUGAAAGUGCACCAAAUAAGUCCAAUGUAAAUGCAAGAGCUCGGAGGCAAAGUGGCCGAACCUGCCCAAAUAAAAAGAAGAGGCAGCCUAAAAAGUGUCCAAUAGCGUCGCCUAAAGAAGCAAAACGGGUUUUGAGCGUAAAAGGGAAAGGUGGCACCCCAAAUGAGCAAGUAGUUCCAGACAUGGGGCCUGUCCUCAGCCCCACAUCUAGUGACCUCAGCUCCAUAAGCUCAAAACCAAGCAAAAGCAGCUUUUCUAGCACUUCCUACAAUGCCGCCAGCUCCUUCUCGACUUCUAAAACGGAGAACUCUCGGCGAUCAAAUAGAAGUUUCAAGUCUGCCGAGGAUUACAUAGAAGCGAUAAAAAACAGUCGCUUCCCGAUGAAGGAGAGUGGGAGUGGGUUUCCUGGGUACCAUACCGUGCUGGCAAGUCGUCCACCUUACAAGAGUGACAAGAAGUCAACUGUGAUAGCACCAAGGCGUAGACGGACACAAGCAGAUACGUCUGCUAGGCCAACAACUGAAGCAGCUUCUGCCACUUUUGGUGCGGAGCUAGAUCAGGUAUGUCUCCGAGCUGUCUGCCUCCACGGACGUUAGUCAUUAUGACAAUGUUCUUUCAGAGUUGUUAUUUAGCACUGCAUAGCCGUGUUGCUGUUUUUUUUUUUCCUGAAGGUAUCAAGGGGUCCAGCAGCAGAAACUGCAUUGUGAUUUUGUAAAUAAAUGUACAUACUAGUCCAAA